CUGUGGUGCGUUGGUGCUAUUAAAGACGCACAGCAUUUCACUCUCUGUCUCCUGCAUUUGACUCCACACCCACGACACCCGGAGCAUUACAAUGCCGCAAUACACUGAUGAUGGCAGAGAUUGAGGAGACGAGGGCAACACUAGAGCAGUCAGAGAGGUGCCGUAAACUGGCCGAGCAGGAGCUGGUCGACGUGAGCGAGAGGAUGCACCUGUUGCACUCUCAGAACACUGGUCUCAUCAGCACAAAAAAGAAGAUGGAGUCUGACAUAACUCAGCUGCAAUCAGAGGUGGAAGAUGCAGUCCAAGAAGCAAGAAAUGCAGAUGAGAAAGCUAAAAAGGCUAUUAUAGAUGCUGCCAUGAUGGCUGAGGAGCUGAAGAAGGAGCAGGACACCAGUGCUCACAUGGAGAGGAUGAAGAAGAACCUGGAGGUCUCUGUUAAAGACUUGCAGCAGCGUCUGGAUGAGGCUGAGCAGUUAGCCCUGAAAGGUGGAAAAAAAGAUCUCCAGAAACUAGAGACCAGAUUAAGGAUAAAGAUAAACGUUAGAGAGCUGGAGAAUGAACUGGAGGCAGAGCAGAAACGUGGUGCGGAAGCCAUGAAGGAUGUGCGAAAAUAUGAGAGAAAAGUCAAGGAGUUCACAUAUCAGGGUGAGGAAGAUAAGAAGAAUGUAGGCAGACGGCAGGAGUUGGUCGACAAGCUGCAGAUGAGGGUGAAAGCUUACCAAAGGCAGAGUGAGGAGGCGGAGGAGCAGACCAGUAUCAAUCUGGCUAAAUUCAGGAAGGUGCAACAUGAGCUUGAUGAAGCUGAGGAGCGGGCAGACAUAGAAGAAUGUCAAGUGAACACAUUUUGAGCUAAGAGUCUUGAUGUUGGCGUCAAGGGAGAAGAAUAGAGAGAUGGGCAUCUUCUGCUGAUAGUGCUGUAAUUCAUGUUUAGAAUUACAGUAACUCAGACACAGAAUGUAGAUCCAGUAUACAAUAAUUAUUGUUGCAAAGAUACAUGCAUGCUUAGACCGUUGUACGUACACCUGUAUGUUAGCAUUCCUCUGUGCUGUAGUUUCACUGCCAUGCUCAGAUGUUCUACUUAAAAGCAGAAAAUGACAAUGAAAUAUGGUACAAAUGAAUGUAACUUAUAAAACUAGAAUUAAAUACUACAAAGCAGUA